AUGAAUUAUCCAACAUCCAAAUGUUAAGGGGUAUGUACUCUCUUGCGUACCAUAUGAAGGGAAGAUUUUUUGUCUGUAAUUAGUAAAAUAAUCUUCUCAAGAUGUUUGGUAUCAACGAAUUUAGGCAAUGAUAUUCGUCAUUCAUAAUCUCGUGUGAAAUUGGCUACAAAUUGUCCAGAAGCUAUUCAGGAUUCUUGGUGCUUGCGCUCUAUAUCUGUGGUUUAUAACUAAAAUCCCGUUUUGCUAAAUCACAGUGGACCAAAAAAUCUGCUCGAGGACUCGAGCCAUACAAUAGUGACAAUUGUGUGUCUGUCCUUUUACAUUGUGCUAACUUGUGAUUCUUCCAGCUUUGGAAUUUAUGUAAUUUUUGAAUACUAAGACUUAUUAUCUGACUAGUUUUAGUCUUCAAUAUAAGCAGACUGGAGGUUUGGUUAGGAGUGUUAAUGGAUCGUCCAGAUUCUCAGAAGGCAUUAACCAUCCCACUAUUUGUAGAACUGUUUAUGAGACUAUGAUUAUGCAAUUUCACAUUUGAAUUGAAUCCUUGCUUCCCUAAUUAUGGUCAGGAGUGGGAGAUGAUUAAUGAUCUGAGAGCAGAUGUUGCAAAACUUCAGCAAGGAAUGAACCACAUGCAAAGGAUGUUAGAAGCUUGCAUGGACAUGCAGCUGGAAUUGCAACGGUCAGUCCGACAGGAAGUCUCAGCCGCUCUUAAUCGUACAGGCAGUGGACAAGAGACUUCAGAGGAUGGGUCUAAAUGGGGUCAGGUUAGAAAGGGUACCUGCUGUGUUUGUUGUGAUAACCACAUUGAUUCUUUAUUGUACAGAUGUGGGCACAUGUGCACUUGUUCUAAAUGUGCAAACGAGUUGGUUCGCAGAGGAGGGAAGUGUCCAUUAUGUCGUGCACCAAUUGUAGAGGUGAUUAGAGCUUACUCUAUACUGUAAAAGAACGAUAGAGAAUAAAAUUCGCAGUCUUUAAGAUCGAUUGAGAAGAUACAUUGGAGCUGUGAUCGAUUUUACUGUCUGAAGCUCCUAUGAUCCUUAUGUGCAGUGUGUUUAGCUAGCCACUGUUAUUCUGAUUAUAUGUGGAACGCUUUGCAUUGUAUUAUUGGAACCACAAAUAGUGCUUACUGCUUCCUAAUUCAUUCGUAAAUAAUAAUUCAAUUCUUUUCUGGAGAAAA